CAUACCAUCCAACGUUCCACGCCGCUCCACUGCUCGUGCUUAUCACUCCAUUUCCCUUCACUUCGCACUGUUCUUCUUCUUCUUCCUCUCACGCUCUUCGCCCACUCUCUCUCUCUCACUGAACCUUUUUCUCUCUCUCUGAAAAUGACGGAAGCCAUUGUCGAUAGCCGAGACAAGCACCUGAAGAUUCUUCAUUUUCUCGUGCGAUCUUUGUAUUUAUGAGUGAAUUUUCCAACUGACUGUUUAACCAAUCGUUCGCACGCCGGAUUAAAGCUUUACUUUUGUUGUUAGAUUGACGGUUCUGGUGGUGCAAUUAACUUGCUCGAAGCUCUAACUCCACAAAGAUCGUGUCUUCGGAGCUUUUCUUUUUGUUUAUUUAAUUUUUUGUUUGUUUUGAGCUCAAGGUUUGGGUAUUUGUUGCAGAAAUCUUCAGUGUUGUGUUAUCUAUAGGUUAUGAUUACUGAUAAUUACCGAGAGAUGCAAUCGAUGCUUCAGAGCAACGAUUACGGCGAGGAGUUAGGGUUGUUGCUCAGAGAGCAACGGAGACAAGAGGUGAGUGAUCGGGACCGAGAGUUGAAUAUGUACCGUAGCGGUUCGGCGCCUCCGACGAUCGAAGGAUCAUUGAGCGCCGUGGGAGACUUGUUCGGCCAAGGCGGUGCCAAUUUCGGCGGCCUGUCCGAGGAGGAGCUGAGGUCUGAUCCGGCGUACAUUUCGUAUUACUAUUCGAAUGUGAAUCUGAACCCUCGGCUUCCGCCGCCCCCUCUUUCGAAGGAAGAUUGGCGGCUUGCGCAGCGGCUGCCGGGGUUGGGUGGGAUUGGAGAUAAAAGGAAGGUGAGUAACGACGGAGGUAGCAACAGCAACAGUUCCCUGUUCUCGAAACAACCUGGUUUCAAUGAGAAGAAGGAAGAUAACGGAAUCGAGUCCAGGAAGCUGCAGGGAACUGCUGAGUGGGGCGGUGAUGGACUCAUCGGAUUGCCGGGUUUGGGAUUGGGGAGCCGGCAGAAGAGUAUAGCAGAGAUCAUUCAGGAUGAUCGAAAUAAUGCAGCAUCUGUUUCUAGACACCCAUCUCGUCCUGCUAGCCAUAACGCAUUUGAUGAGAGUGUUGAGACUUCUGAAUCCCACUUUGCUCAUCCGCACCAAGACCUGGUGGCAUUGGACCCUUUACAUUCUGGUGCAAACAUCCAAAGCAAGGUUUCAGUUCAGAACAUUGGUUCGUCUGCGUCUCACACUUAUGCUUCUGCUCUGGGUGCCUCCUUGUCAAGAAGCACCACUCCUGACCCUCAAUUGAUGGGCAGGGCUCCUACGCCUCGCAUUGCUCUUGGGGGAGGUAGGGCCAGCUCUAUGGAUAAAAGAAGUUUUAAUGGCUCAAACUCAUUCAAUGGUGCCUUGGCUGGUAUUAAUGAGACUUCAGAUCUCGUAACUGCUUUAUCUGGUAUGACUCUAUCAACUAGUGGGCCAGUAGAUGAAGAGAACCAUUCCCGGUCUCUAAUUCAACAAGAGAUUGAUGGUCAUGCAAAACUUUUCCAUCUGCAAAGUGAUCAGGACCAUAUUAAACAACAUGCUUAUCGGAAUAAGUCUGAAUCGGGAAAUUUUCAUUUGCAUUCUGCUCCACAAUCAGCCAAAGCGUCCUAUGCCAAUCUGGGUAGAAAUAGUGCGAUAGGGAUAGAUCUAAACAACUCAUCCUUGAUGGCUGAUGGACAAACGGAACUACACAAACCUGUAUACACUGCUAAAUCAUACUUAAAUGGACCUUCGACACCAAUUCUGAAUGGCAGAGGAAGUUCACCAUCCAACUAUAACAAUUUGGAUAGUCCAAAUUCCCCGUUUUCAAGCUAUGGGUUAAGUGGGUAUGCUGUAAAUCCUGCAUCACCACCUAUGAUGGGAAACCCAACUUCCAACUUGCCCCCUUUGUUUGAAAAUGUUGCUGCUGCAUCAGCAAGGGGUGUAUCUGGCAUAGAUUCAAGGGCGUUAGGUGGGGGUGUGGCCUUAGGGCCUAAUUUGAUGGCUGCAGCAGCAGAGUUGCAGAAUCUUAGCAGAGUUGGGAAUCACAGUACAGGGAAUCCUCUGCAGAUGCCACUCAUGGAUCCCCUAUAUCUUCAGUACCUGAGAACAACUGAUUAUGCUGGUGCACAGGUUGCAGCCCUCAAUGACCCAAUAAUCGAUAGAGAAGGCACUGGAAAUUCAUACAUGGAUCUGAAUGAACUUCAAAAAGCUUACCUGGGUGCAUUGCUUUCGCCUCAGAAAUCACAGUAUGGUCUUCAAUAUCUUGGCAAAUCUAGUAGCUUAAAUUACAAUUACUAUGGAAGCCCAACAUUUGGUCCUGGCAUGUCCUAUGCCGGAAGCCCAUUGGCAGGCUCCCUUUUUUCAAACUUCAGUAUUGGAUCUGGGAGUCCAGUCAGGCAUGGUGAGAGAAACUUGCGUUUUUCUUCUGGGCUGAGAAACUUGGCUGGCGGUGUCAUGGGUUCUUGGCAUCCAGAUGCUGUUGGUAACUUGGAUGAGCAAUUUGCUUCCUCAUUAUUAGAUGAGUUUAAGAGCAAUAAAACAAAGUGUUUUGAGCUUUCAGAAAUUGCCGGUCAUGUUUUUGAGUUCAGUGCCGAUCAGUAUGGUAGUCGAUUUAUUCAGCAGAAACUUGAAACCGCCUCAACAGAGGAAAAAAACAUGGUCUUUCAUGAAAUUAUGCCCCAUGCUCUGGUACUGAUGACUGAUGUGUUUGGUAACUAUGUGAUUCAGAAGUUUUUUGAACAUGGAACUGCAUCUCAGAUUAGAGAGUUGGCUGACCAACUCACUGGUCAUGUUCUGAACCUCAGUCUUCAAAUGUAUGGUUGCCGAGUAAUCCAGAAGGCUAUAGAAGUUGUUGAACUGGAUCAGCAGACCAAAAUGGUUGCAGAGCUUGAUGGUCAUAUCAUGCGUUGUGUACGUGAUCAGAAUGGCAACCAUGUUGUCCAGAAGUGCAUUGAGUGCAUACCUCAAGAAGCUAUUCAAUUCAUUAUCUCAGUAUUCUAUGAUCAAGUAGUGGCUUUAUCAACCCAUCCAUAUGGUUGUCGUGUCAUACAGAGAGUCCUGGAGAAUUGCAUAGAUCCAGAAACACAACGAAUAGUAAUGGAUGAGAUUUUGCAGUCUGUUUGCAUGUUGGCGCAAGAUCAAUACGGGAACUAUGUUGUUCAGCAUGUACUGGAACAUGGGAAGCCACAUGAACGUACUGCUAUAAUUAAUAAGCUUAUUGGUCAGAUAGUUCAGAUGAGCCAGCAGAAGUUUGCCUCCAAUGUUAUUGAGAAGUGCUUGACUUUCGGAACUCCUGAAGAACGCCAGACCCUAGUGAAUGAGAUGCUUGGCUCCCCUGAUCAAAAUGAGCCCCUUCAGGUCAUGAUGAAAGAUCAGUUUGCAAACUAUGUUGUACAGAAAGUGCUGGAGACUUGUGAUGACCAGCAACUUGAACUGAUUCUUAACCGAAUAAAGGUUCAUCUGAAUGCUCUGAAGAAGUACACUUAUGGAAAGCAUAUAGUUGCACGCGUAGAGAAACUUGUUGCAGCUGGAGAAAGGAGGAUCGGCGUUCUGUCUUCAUACUCUGCACAGAUGGCGUAGAAAAGUAGUUGUACAGCUAACGUGAGGCUAGUAUGAGUGCCCUCUUUCUUGGUUCUCUUUGUAUGGCUCUGUUUGUUCAUUCCGAUGAAAAGGAGCCUUGACUAAAAAUAAAAAUUGUUGGUUGUACUUAAAAAAUUGUACAUUUUCGACUUAGUUUGAGGAUAUAUAUAUAUAUAUAUAUAUAUACACCUAGAAGCAGCAGCAGCAGCAGCAGGCUUAGCUAAGGCUCAGAUGUGUAACUCAUCUGAUCCCCCUGCAGAGAGGAGAUAUAUAAUAUUUACUGUACAAGUUUUUAAGGGUGUAAAGAACCAAAAGAAAGAGGGGGAAGAUAUGUAAUCGCUCGUGACUGUACAGAAUGUUGCUCAGCUGGAGAGCCUGUGGUCUUCUAGAAGAGGCCUGAAAUUUUCUUAUGUAUGGAAUUUGAUAAUUUUCUUUGGUAAAAGAACUUUCUUUCUA